AUGAAGAUUGAAUGGCAAAAUGUUUAUCGGGCUUGGCUGGCAUUUCUCACUUUACAAGUUUUCGGAUCAAUUUUCGUUUCAUAUGCCGGCUUUCACGCUUCACAGCCUGUCAUCUUUGUAGGCGGAGAGCCAACAGCUACAUCACGUUUUUUUGCUCUGAAUCAAGCUCUAUUAGGAAGUAUCAGAGUCAUACUAAUGGGAAACUUUGGAAACGAAACAAUUCAUCUGUCGCAUUUGAUCACAACUUCUCUUUUUUCAUUUCAUUUCGCACUUGAAUUAUUCUGUUACAAAUCAUUAAUAACAUCGUUAUAUACGAUCGUUUUGCUCAUUCUCAAUGUUACAACAAUCAUAUUCUUUAAAUUACGACAUUACCUCAUUGUGGCGGAGCCGAAGACCGAAAAGCGUAGGAGUGGAAGAUUAAUAUAUGCCAAACAUUAUAUGGAAAAUGAUGUUCUUCCACAUCCGCCCGAAACAGCCGAAAUUCGAAAAUUGAAGAAACGUCAAUAG